AUUAUAGGGGGUCCGGGAUGCUCAGAUUUAGUGGCAUUGAAAAGUUGCGAGAGCAGUAUUUUCCUCUGAAGAGCGUGGAUUAAGAUGCCCAACGCUGUGCUUCUGUUUGUGAUUUGGAUGGCGUGGUUUGUGGGAAACACAGAAAACACCUCCGAAAUUUGCAGGGGAAGGCGCUGCGUUGGCGCGGACAACAGACCGUGCGGCGGUGGGCAUUGCCGGGGUGCCGAGGGGUUUGCUAUCCGCCACUUUACGCGUUCGGCACAAGUCGGUGCCGCGCCACACACUGUUCGGAGUGAUUACCGCGUUUCCCCCCAAAAUCGUCACGCUGUUUCAUACACAAUUAUCCCUCCACAGCAUGGAAAAGCUGACAGCCCAAGAGAGAACCCAAGGACCAUAACGGCGGAGGUUUACAACCCAGGAUGCAAGACUACAGGCUGCCACAGUCGUGAUCCACUAAAACCUAAUAAUGCCACAAAAGCGUGCAAAGGCAUCGGAUGUAAACUGCCCUUCAUUGUUCGUCCAAUGCCUAAACCAAAUUCGUGCGCUGGCGGCGACUGCCAGAGCGGAGCAGGUUUUGUGGUACGCAAUCCGACAGUCGUCCAUAUGCAGGACAGGGCAGAACAGGCACUGGAUGAAUUGCCAGAGUUCGGACACGUCGGUUCCGAGCGUGGAGAAUCCCCGUUCGGCAUCCAACUCAGAUGUGACGUCAAGCCGGGGUCUAAUGAGCUGCCAUCUGAGGAUGCGCUAGUGCUGCAGCUUCGACUGGGGCAGGGCCAGGAGAAGCUGGCGGAGGCGCUCAAGGAGCAGCAGUUGCAGAUCGGGCAGCUGCAGGGCCAGCUGAUGGAGCAGCAGAGGGAGAUCAUGGAGCAGCAGCGGCAAAUGUUUGACCUGAUGGAGCAGGUGAAGGCCCAGUACAGCUUGCUCCUGGACGGCGUCCGGCACAUGCCCUUUCAGGGUGGAACGCGCGGAGAGCCGGAGGCUCGCCCGGAGAGUCUCGGGCCGCAGGAGGAAAGCCGGUUCCAGGAGGCUUACACCAUGCACAAGGUGGACAUGGAAGCCAGUGUGAUGGAAGAGGGCAGGCCCCUGCAGAUCUGUGGCUCCUGUGGGGAUGAUGAGUACUGUGAUUACCGCGGCAACUGGCCACGCUGCGAGAAAUGCACUGUUUGUCCUCCUGGGUUCUUCCUAGUGUCCCAGUGUUCUUUCAGUGCAGACAGGAUCUGUCAGGACAGAGAUGAAUGCCUGGAGAUACCAAACCUUUGCAGAGAGCAUGAUCAGUGUCUCAACAUGCCAGGUGGCUUCAGAUGCUCAAGCAUGUCAGUGAAGGACGCAGCGACUGGUCUGUGUGGCCCUGGUUACUUUUACAAUUUGGAGCUACAGGAGUGCCAGGCCUGUUCCGAAUGCGACUCCCAGCCGACAGCAUCCCCCUGCUCGGCCCUGAGCGACACCCUGUGUGCUGGCCCAUCUGGGGCCCAGAUGUCCCUCUCCUGGUCUGGUGAUGUGACUCCGCCUCGGGGCGUUGGGUUCUCCAACAUGCAGCUUCCCCUCCAAGGUGCUGAUGACAGCAGCUUGGCCUCUGCCACCGCCGAUGGCUGGCUGGUCCUCCACCAACACGGUCUGGUCUGGGUCGACAACAACCUGGCUCUGCGGCACGGGUGCCAGAGCUUUGUCCAGAUGUGCCUGCAGCUGAACGCCAGUGAAGCGGCCGGCAGUGCUGCCUCUGUACGGGACCUGAGUGGAGUGCGUCUGGAGCAGCGAGAGGGUGGGCCCUUGCAGAGCGCCAGUAUGAGCGGGGCAUUUGUGGCAGACCUGGGUGACGCGCUCGCCCUGGUCCUCAGGAGCGCCAGCCAUCGGUGCGACGCCGAGGGCGAGCCGGUGCGCCUGCAGGGUGGCCUCGUUUCCGCCUUCAGCUUGCUGUGGCUGUCUCACGACACAGGCGCUGUCGCCAUGGCCGCCCAGGCUGUGGCCUCAUCGCAGUUCUACACCAAUUACCGGCCGGCGUUCCGCAUGUCUUUUGUCUCCGAUCCAUACAUAGUUGGGCUGACCCAUGAUGGCCGCAGCGUCCGUUUUGCAGAGAGGGGCACGGUGAAGUUUGUCCUACAGCAGGCUCUGUACUCCAUGGGCCAGGCGUGCGUGUCUGAGGGCUUCCACCUGCUGGCGUACAUCGACCGCAGCGGUAACAGCAGCGAGCUGGCGCGUGUCUUCAAACCUGGUGCGCACUACCGGGACAUGUCCAUAUCACUGUCUGCCGUCACUACCGUGGACAUCGGUGAUUCGAUCAGUUUCGAAAUCCUGGCCCCGGUGCAGUGCACUGUGCGCUACUUUGGCGAUGAUUCUGGGAUCAGUGUGCUGAGCCUGGUAUGGGUCCCUUCCUCUGUGUCCUCUGCUGUGUCGGCUGCGGUCUCACGCACGGGCCUGCCAACCGGUGCUGUGCGCAAUAAGGCGCUGCUCUUCCGCCAGACAUCUACGCUGGUGCCACAGCUGGGGCUGGCUGGCACCAGGGGUCGGCACCCUUUCCGGAACUUCGUCUUCCGGGCGGCGGGCGUGGCGAGCCUGGCCCUCGAUCUCAGGCUCAUCCACUCGUGCGGCACAAUCAAGCUCGCCCUGCUAGAGCAGGUCGGGCCACAGGGGGCACGACCCACAACCAUUGCCCGGCAGGUCGGAGGUCAGAUGCCAGAAGGGAGUGAGUGGGCUAGCAUGGGCCUGAGGGUGUCCUUCUCUGUGCGCAAUGGCACUGAAGUGUUUGUCACAGUGGACUGCGUACAUGGACGCCUCAACCAAAUUUCCCACGAGGCCGGCAGUGGCAUUUCCAUCCUCUGGACAGCUGCAUGA